AUGUAAAAUCUUAAUAUUAAUUAAGUGUUGCAAUAUGGAAAUGGAGAAAGCCCCUUAUAUGAUCAAUAUUUUAGUGAACAUGAUAAUCAUGAAUCUCAAAUCGUACCUGAAUAAUCAAACGAUCUAUAAUGGAAUUCAGAAAAACAAUUAGAAACUUCAAUUCAAGAGGAACAAUAAUCUAUAAGCAAUAUCCCUUUUCAAUAAGAGAUUGCCAUUUCUUCUCAGAUUUCUUAGAUUAUUAAGAGGAGAUUGGAUUAAAAUUAUUGGUAGAAGGAGAUGGAGAAAUCCUUAGAGAAGUCGUUGAUGGAGGAAUAAUUGCAGGAGCCAAUUUUUGAUAUUAUAGAAAAGGAAAGUAGAUUAGGAUAAUAAUAAUUAUUUUUUGUUACUCAAGAUAUACGAGUUAUAUGUUAAGCCACUAAAGAAGAAAGAAAGGGAUACUUAAAAUUUAUACAUCGGCUUAUCUAUAGUUUCUAAUUUAAUAAGAUUGAACUCGCACAAGAUUUGAUUCUUAACUUCUAUUUCAGCGCAUGGAAUAGAGAGAAUUGGAAAAAAAAUCGAAUCAGUGAUAAGUGAUUUAUUAUUCAUAUUAAUAAUAUGAAUUCCAAUAUAUAUACAUUAAAGCCUCACCAACAGAGAAUAAAUUCUUACAAAAAAAUCUUUCGCGUCAAGUUCAUUAGAUCUUGAGAUAACGAAAAUGCACGCUUAGAAUAGAGUAAAUAUAUGCCAAAGUUAUUAUGGUAAGUUAUAAUUUAAAAUUGACAUAGGAUGUGUCAAUAAUUCACGCUUAUAUUAGAUUAAGAAAGAAGUACAAUUAGUAGAAGCUUUAAGGAAAAAAUAAAACCAUCGUACUACAUUUUAAGCUUCAGCUGAUUAAUAUUAUUUUUUUUAUUUCAGGUCGUAAACUUUUGUCUCUAUUUCAUUAUCUAUUUCAACUGAUUCUAUCUUUAUUUUUUUUCUAUUAAUUUUCCUUUUACUUUUGUCUAUUAUUUGUGUUCUACAAUUAUUAUAUAUAUUUUAUUUUUGAUUUUCUUAUUAAUUGAUUUCUUAAAAAAGUUUUAGUUUAGGAUUUACUAAAUUGCAUAUACCAAAAAUUUUCAUUUAAUUUGAAUUCUGUUUAUACACUUAAAUUUAGAUACUUUCUUAGGUUUAUUAUCAUUAAUAGAUCUACCAAAGUUAUAGUUCCUUAGGCUAUUAGAAAAUGUUAAUCUGCUUGUAUUUUGGCUAUUAUCGUUACUAUUAAUUAACCAUUCACUGCAUGUUCUGUUGUUAAACAAAUUGGUACAGCAAAUAUGAUCAUCUUUAAUUAUUAUAUUUUUUAUUAUUUAUAAUGAUGUAUUAUAAUUGGUAAAAUUGUUGAUGAUCUUUUAGAUGAAAAUCCAUCUAUGUCAUAUGAGGAUGCUUUUAAAAUUACUCCAGCCAUUGUUAUUCAUGGUGAUCUAAUUGUUUAAGUACUUGAAGAAGAGGCAUUUUAAUGA